AUGAGGCGGUGGCAGUGGGUACCCAUGUGGGUGUGGCUGGCUGGACUGGGGGCCAUAGAAACAGCGCCCAGCCCAGAGUUGGCCCCAGGAUCAGAGCCUCCACUCUUCAUAGACAGACUUGACUUCUUUGAUUACCCAGACUCGGACCAAGCCAGCAUUCUGGCCGUGGCCCAGUUUAUUGGAGAGAGGCCUGUGGUCUUUGUUAAAUCAGGUUCUAGCCCUGGGCUCUUCAAUCACAUCCUGGUGGGAGUCCUGGUGGUGGCCUUCCUCUUCCUCCUUUUCCAGUUCUGCACCCACAUGAGCUUCCAGAAAGGGGCCUAA